AUGUCCACCACCCUCCCAAGCAAACGCGACUUCCUCGCAACAGGCCUAACACCAAUCCCUGACACUCAUUCAACCGGCUCAUGCCCCCUCUGCCACAAAUCCAUCACCGACACAGUAGCGAUCCCUUGCUCAAACCAACACGCCUUCUGCAAAUCCUGCAUUAUCGUCUGGACGACCGUGAACAAGAAGUGCCCUGUAGACGGCGAAGUGCUCUACCAAGGACCGGAUCGUCGAACCAAUGUGUUCUAUCUGCUGGAGAUUACUAUAUUUGAUGAUGGCGGUGGUGCGAAUGCUGGACAAACAGGUUCUGGUCAGGAGCCUCGGGGUCGCGGUAAUGCAGGCGGCGGUGAUCCAGAGAGGGGUCGUAGACGUGGCGAGUGA